GUUUCUCAUUGGCUAACUCCGUCAGGGCGAAGCGAACUUGAACUUCGGAGCGGGCGUGGUUUGCUCGUUAGCUCCGCCCCCUGUCAUGGCUGCGGCUCCUGUGUAGAGCCGGAGCCGGGAGAGAAGGGACUGCUCUGCCAGAGCUGCGGCCGCAGCAGUUUGCUCUCAGGACCCCUCUGUGCUCCGCUGAGCUCCGUGACACGCUAAUGGCUUCAUCCGCUGCACUGCCUGUUGGCUUCCACUAUGAAACCAAGUAUGUGGUGCUCAGCUAUUUGGGGUUCCCCAUACAGGAGACCCCCACAUCAGCCCCAGGCGCCCAACAUUCUGCAGUUCCUCCUACCCUGCCCCAGGGGGCGCUAGACAGACUGAAGGCUGAGCGAGAAGACGAGAUGCAGAGGCUGGAGGAUGAGAUCUCGGCUGCGUUCCCCUCCACUGGGUUUGAUAUGCACACGUCCCCGGUCUUCUACCCAGCGAGCUCGGAGACCUCUAUAGAGGAGUGCCUGUCCCACCUCUGCGAGAAACUUGCCACGGAGAUCCGAGAGUCGCUGGAUAAAGCCUCCGAGGGUCUCCUGAGCGGGAGCCUGGCGGCGGAAGAGUUCAGGAAGGCGGUGGCGCUCAUUAGUGUACACGCCACUGGCUGGAAUAAGGUUCUUGCCCCACUGGUCCUGCUGCAGCAGCUUCUCCUAGAGCUGACGAGGCGAGGGGAGUAUCAACUAAAGGCCCUCGUCCAGCUGGGGGUCAGUUACAUAGAGGACAUGUGUGCGGACUUUAUUAUCCAGCAGGGAGGAUGGGGCACGGUGUUCAGCUUGGACUCGGAGGAAGACGACGUCCAGGGCCUAAUUGCCGACGACAGUAACGACAUCUACAUCCUGACCAGCGAUAACUCUGAGCAGGUCAGCCCCCCGGAGAGUUUGGCCGUCUCCUCGUCUUGGCACACCGAAAGCCUCCCCACCUCCCUCGGCCCAGAGUCCUGGCAACAGGUGGCCAUGGAUCCCGAGGAGCUAAAGAGCUUGGACAGCAAUGGCGGCGGAGAAGAACGGAGUGAGAAUAACUCCUCCAAUUCCGACAUCGUCCACGUGGAGAAGGAGGAGAUCGCCGAGGUCAUAGAGGAGGCGGCGGUGGUGGCCGGCAGAGCGGAGGACGUUGAGGCCGAACACAAAGACGUCCUUUUGACCGAUUCUGCUUUCGCCUCCACUAUCCUAGAGGCAUCACCACCAGCCCCGGUGGAAGAGAGAAGCAGCCCAACGCCACCUCCUCCCCAACCAGAGCCUCCCAAAGUGGAACCCCCUGUCCAAGGGCGACAGUUACAAAAAGAACCCCCCUCCGAGGAGGCAAAAGAAGAGAGUCCCCUGCCGACGACGUUAGAUACAGACAAGCUCCAGUCUCCUGUAUCCCAACUUCUGCCUCCAGGUUCUGGAUCAGGAGAAGAGAAGCAGGUUCUUCUCCCCGAGGGGAAGUCGGCCUUGUUGUAUGGAGGCGCGGCGGCUGUGGCCAUUUUGGCAGUAGCGGUAGGAAUGGUGGUGGCGCUGAGGAAGAAGUAGCUGGUCGCAGGGCAGAAGAGCAUUCUCUUUCCCCUCUGCCUCCCAAACCUGUGGUUGGUCCCUCAUUAUACACAGAUAAUCGAUCUCUUCCCAACUGCACCGACAAGUGGCUCUCUCCUAUUAAACAGCCGGGUCUCCAUGAGUAGAGAGACCCCCCCCUCUAAUCUCUGUAGGGGUGCAAAAGCCUACGGGCCUCAUAUGCUGGAGAUAAUCACCGCACCCCGCCAGAGAGCUGCUUUGGAAACCCGUAGCAGUUUUGUACUGCCGUUAUCUGCUCGUGAGAAAAAUAAAAAAAUGGCGGAGAAACUAUAAUGGAAAAAUUUGGGGUACAGUUAAUGAUCAGAAAGAUAUUCAGAAGGAUGAACUCAGGCACUUAACCCCCCACCCGAAACGCUCAGCAAAUCAGAAGGGGCAAUCCCAUUGAGAUCUCGGGGUGCUGCUACUGGGCCUGGAACACUAACAUGGCAGCAAAUCAGCUCAGCGUUUAUGGAAGCAGUAAUGUCCGGGCACCCCCUAAGUUUUUUAGGGGGUGCCUGUCUGUAUGCAAUUACUUUGAGUUUGGCUCACAUACCUGUGACCCUAAGAACCAGAAUGGGAGAGAGAGAGCGCCUAUCAUUUUUUUUUUUCCAUUCUGGCAUUCAGACCCCUGCGUCGUUGCUUGGGACCCUCAGGGGUAGCGAGCAGAUUCAGUUGUCAGUGUAGUAAUGGCUGUAGGCUCGGUCACCAAAUAAACUGGCCUUUGCCCAAUUGGCCACCUACAUGCUGGGCUGAACCUGGGGGCCUGCUGAGACCUGUUGGGGGAUGUCCCAUUGUGGCCCUCACAUGAUGGGAUCUCCCCUCUGAUAUCAGUGGGGCCUUUUAAUCUUGGAUAGAGGGUGACUCUGGCCAUAAUUGGCCAACUUUGGGCAUGUGACUAGUUUCACCCAUGUCUGUGAUUGUACAGCAAGCAGGUUGGGUAAUAUGAUUGGCCAGUGUAUGGGCCCUUUGAAAUCUGGGGUAUCGUAACCAAUCAAAUAUGGUCCUCAGAUUCCUCCUCAUAUUCAUGGGCAUCUCAUGGUUAAACUGGCCACCCUGGGGCCCCACAAUGCACGGGGGUGUAACUGUAUCCCCCCCCCCCAUUGGGUUAUGUUCUAUUUACAUAUCUACUGGAUUGAAUUACUAACGGGCCAAUGGGAAGCGAGAGAUCACUGCAACAAUUCACAUAUUAUUUUAAUAAUGAGAAAAAAAAAAAAUUCUAUUUUUUUAACCCCUGAGCUCCUGGGUGGGUUUAUUAGGGCACGUCUAGCAGGAAGGGGCGGGGGGGGGGUAACUAACGAGCUAAAGCCUCUGUGCCAUUAACUGUCAUAUAAACGAUCCUGUUUGGACCCGGAGACGGUGUGAUCACUUUAUAAAUACGAUAUUUUCCCCACUUUGGACUCUGCCUUUUUAUUUGCCAAGUGGAACGUGGCUUUCAUUUUGGGUUUUGCCCCAUUCAGGGCAAGAAAUGACCCAACCCGUAGGCAGGAACAAGGGGAUACUUUCCCUUUAUGCAAAAGGUAUGUAAUAAAAGGGGUAAAUACAUAGAUAUCCUGAGACAAUUUGCAAUUGGUUUUCAGUUUUUACUUUUUG